UGUGUGUCAUUUACUCCGGUCACGUGAUCUUGCCAUUUUCUCGCCGCGGCCAUAGCCUAUUAGCACGAACGUGAAACAACAGAUGAGAACUUGACGUAGCCUAACAUAGACUAAAUUGAAAUGAAGAUGUAAAUUCGGAUUUCACUGAGGUGAAUUUGAAAGCCUCUGACAUGGUGAAGUGUCAGGGUUUGAAGGACGAUGGUGGACCAUGUGGAGUUGACCUCUUACCAGAUGUCAGAUUCUGUCCAGAAUGUGGUACGCGUGUUCACAAAGUGACUAUUUUGGACAAACCUAAAGACACUGUCGCCUGUCCUGGAACAGACGAAGGAAAUCCAUGCAACAAAGAACUUGUUCAAGGUCCAAAAUUCUGUAUUUCUUGCGGAUGGAGAGUAAACCAGUCCAUAUUUGAGCCUGGGUCCAGGGUGUGUGGGGCUGACAGCCAGGGAACCAGAUGUACAGGAGUCAUCAGGAAACAGGAGACUACUUGUCCCAUCUGCACAUCUGACAAAGGUGCUGCACCAACUGCUGUACAGAAAGACCAUGUGCGUUCUGCUGACAGCAGUAAGUCUGCUGAUAGUAAGUCUGUGGACCAGACACAGACACAGAGUCAACAUGAGGAAACACUGACGGAACAACAUUCACAGAAGAGUGAGCCACCCUUUACUGACCCUGGAUCACAGUCGACUGGUAGAACUGAGACAAGGGAGACAGCUGGAAAACCUGGUACAGAACAACAUUCACAGAAUAGUGAGCCACCCUUUCCUGACCCUGGAUCACAGUCGACUGGUAAAAUUGAGACAAGUGAGACAACUGGAAAACCUGGUACAGAACAACAUUCACAGAAGAGUGAGCCACCCUUUCCUGACCCUGGACCACAGUUGACUGGUAGAACUGAGACAAGUGAGACAACUGGAAAACCUGGUACAGAACAACAUUCACAGAAGAGUGAGCCACCCUUUACUGACCCUAGAUCACAGUUGACUGGUAGAACUGAGACAAGUGAGACAACUGGAAAACCUGGUACAGAACAACAUUCACAGAAGAGUGAGCCGCCCUUUACUGACCCUAGAUCACAGUUGACUGGUAGAACUGAGACAAGUGAGACAACUGGAAAACCUGGUACAGAACAAUCAACAAGCAAUAAAUCUGGGAAACAAAUCUCACAACAUUCUGCAGGCCAGAACCCUCAAACAUCAGGAGCAAAACUGAAGGUUUUGUUUAGUGAAGGAGGUGAAGCUGGAGGUUCUUCAGGGGAGAUUAAAAACAAAGCACAACAUGGAGACAUCUGUGGAGGUAUCACUGAACCACCCAACCAAGGAGACAACACUGGUUCUACAGUCAAAAACCAGCUGGCACCAGAGGUACAAGGAAGUACAUCUGAUCAAACUUCACAGUCAACAGGAGCAAAACUCAACAUUUUGUAUGGUGAUGGAAAUGACAAGGCUGUUGCAGAAGUCAAUAGUGACGAAGGCAAUGACUGUUACAAUCCAAAGCAGGUGUCAGACAAAUUUCAGAGUAGCCUCAACAUUCUACAAAAAAAUGAAAAGUCAGAUGAAGACCAAUAUGGGGAAUCACAGAAGAGAAAAGAUAACGAUGGUCAUCAUGGAGAUACUUGGCAGCCCCCAACAUUUUCCCUUCUUGGACAUGAGGUUCACACACUGCCUGGACUAACUCCUAAAGGAGAUGCUGCUGCUUCUGUUGUCAAAGCAAAACCUUCACCUGGUCUGAAUGAGGAUGGUAUCACAGAGAGUGGGGAUGGACCAACACAGAAACCUGUACCAGUAAAGGAUGGUCAGGGCGAGUCAGCCACUGCUUCAGUUCCUUCAGGCCCUAUACUACAACGUACAGCAGAGGGUAACAGUAGUGCAGACACAGGGUCAUCACAGAAAGGCAUUUUCAAUUUCACUGGAAGUUCUAGGCAAAAGAGCAGUGCUGGUGUGUGGCAGAAUCCAGAUGAAAGAUUUAGAGAGGUAUCUAAAACAGUUGAAAUAAAGGAUGACGAGCUUUAUGGUGACGGUUCACCUCUUGCAGAAACAGCUGAAGAAUUGAAGCCUGUUGGAGAGGCAUUGAGAGAAUUAUCUCUUUUCUCUAGUGUUAAUGAUUCAAAACAAGAGAGUACCCAUACAUCUUCUAAAGAGUCCAGCAAGGAUGUGGAUAAAGAUCCAAACAUUCAGGACACUGCUUCAGUGGUGAGCAGGAGUGAUGAGGAAAGUGGAUCUAGCAAUGAUGAAGAUGACAAUGAGGAUGAUAACAGCCUUAAUCAAAAUGAAGGAGAUUCUCAAAAGAAGAAAAACAAAGACAAAAACAACAGCAGUACCAAAUCCAAACGUGAGAAAAAGAAAGCAAGAAAAAAGAGAAAAGAAGAAGAGAGAAAGAAAGAAAAGACAGAUGACAAUCCUUUUACACAGUAUAAAAAAGAGAAAGGUCAAAAUCAUGGUGAAGGUUCAACAUCAGGAAGAACUGAUCCAGGCUCUUCAACAAGGACCACUGAUUCAGUUUCAUCAAACCUGCCAUCUGAGAAAAGGCCAAGCACAAGGACCCGUUCUGACUGCAUAAAAGUUGUCUUCCAUGCUGUGUUUUCUCCUUCACUUCUGAAUGAUGCUGAUGCUGAAGGAGGUGCAUACUUAUGCUUAUCACAAAAUGAUUCACAAAUUAAAAUGGACAUAGUGAAGCAAUUCAAUGAUGGCAGUGUGGAGUUCACUGCAGAGUACCCUUUACUGAGGUAUCAUGUGGAGAAACGCAUCAACUAUACCUACUGUGUUGAUACUAGUCCUGGCCAUCAUCAGUUUGCCGCAGAGCUAUUCUAUGAUUCUGCGUCCCCAAAUGGAAAUAUUGGCCGCUUUUUAUCUGUACCAAAGAAAAGCCUUUCUUCAGGCUCAUGGCACCAGUUUGAUGGCUUUGUCUAUGGAAAACAAGAAUCGUCAUUCGUCGAUGUUGUAAAAAAAGUCUUUGGAAUUGAUGAUCAUAUGAAAAUCAUGAAAGACGAUGCUGACAAAAUAGUUAAACACCAGUUUGAGAAAUUGCUGUUUGACCUACGAACACAAGUCAUGACACCGGAGGAGUUCUUUGACAUGCUGCAGUGUAUGUUGCAGGGUUUAAAUUACGUGUACAUCACAAGAGGAAGAAUUUGGUACUCAACACAUGAUUUUCAUGUGUUCGCUGGAAAGAUAUUCAGACAGUCAAUUAUGACAUUUGUACAACAGAUAACCAGUCAAGGAUUGGACUUACCAGAACAUCUGAGACUUGGAGUCAUUAUCAGUUUGAUAAAUGUAAUCAUGUGUAUGGCACCAUUUGAUGAGAAAAAUGAGAAAGACAUGGAAACACUGUGUUUACUGCUCCAGCUUCAACCUUCAGAUGAAAAAAGUCUUAAAAAGACAAUAGAAGAGCUCAAAACGCUGUUUCCAAAUAAACUGAGGGCUGUUACAAACACACUGCAGUUGAUGAGUAACUUUAUUGCUGGACACACUGGGAAUACCUGUUGGCUAUUGGUUGUACCUGUGCUGCACUUUCUUUGGGGAAAAAAUUCUCCAUUUCAACGACCAUCAACAGAGAUUGGACACAGUGAACGUGUUCCUGUGUGGUGGGGUGUCGACGAAUACAAAUCAAAACAGGAAUAUUUCGCUGGAAAAUCAUCAUGGAACUUAAGUAUGUUGGAGCUGCUUCCAAAGCUUGCACCAUUAUUUGAAGUGGACUACCUGCUGCCACGUACCUUGAUGACAGUGGUCAAACUAGCCAACAUGCCAGAUGUUGUGAGAUCACGGCUGUUCUCACCAGACUUGUGUGUAGCCAAGCUGUAUUACCAUGUGAAAUCCAACUUUAUUGGGAUGGCUGAACAUAAGAUUGUACAGGAUAUAUUAGAUGAAAUAUAUCAACAAGUCAUUGAAAAAGGCAACAAAGAGCAAAACGGAGAUGCAGUAUUAAAGGAGACCAGAGAACAUAUACAAGUUGACAUGUACAGACUAUAUGCCAUUGGUGUUGACCUUUUAAGAGCUGUACUAGAAAACAGUUCUAAAACAGCAGCUACAGUUACGCGGGUUGCCAAAGUUCUCCUGCAAGCACUGGCUUUAUUUAAGGAAUUGAAAGAGAACAGAGAAGGAGCAAAUACUAGAAGCGGUUCAAGAAAAUAUGUUCACGACUCCUUAGCAGUGUUUUAUGAUGUGCGAGAACGACUGACUCGAUUUCUUACCAACAGCUGCACUUCAAUGAACGACCCAACUAAAUGCAGGGACAGUCUGUUGGUUUGGGAUCAGAUUCUAUGUAUAACAAUGUCAUCCAAAACACUGCAGGAAGGAUUCCAAAGAGUUGUUAUAGAGGAGCUUGAGAAAAGACUUGCCACCAAGAAUUUUGAUGUUAUCCUGACAGUUUAUUGUGAGCAUCUCGAGAAAUUUGGGAGUGUCGUACAAGACAUCUUAAGUACAAUGGCUUUCAAGGCUUUGGAAAAAGGAUCAAUCAUUUCAACCUAUGGCUCUCGGUCACAGGAUGAAGUGAAGAAGCGCUACGCAAAACUCUUGUCCAGUGUAUUUGAGAAGUAUUGGAGAGAGAUGACAGAGGAACAGAUGUUUCAAGAAGCUCUCAAGUGGACUCCAUUUGUACAUUUUGUGGACAUGUUCUAUUUGGAAGAGCAGGGAAAGCACUUAAGCAAUGAUAGUGGAUUACAGCUGACCAAAGCAACCACUGCCAUUGAGGAUAGAAUGGGACAGCUGGUGAACGGAACUAUUCUGGUGAAAGAUCAUAGUGUCAUUUGUGCAAACUUCGAGCGUUUUGAAAAGCUCAUCAGGUUGAUGAGCAAAAAGAACAAUAGUAAAAUGGGCCCAACAUACAUCCGACAGCUGGUAGACUUGAGGAGCAAGGAGCUGCAGGCAUUUUUGAAUGCUUAUGGUCUUGUGACAGUUUUGAUUGACAUGUGCAGUCGAUUUGGAGUAAAAAGAGAAGCUUUAGAAAGACGAUACAGGUCCUUACAGAAUCUCGAUGACGUACAAAUGGUGCAACUGUGUAAACCAGGAGUUUUGGAUGAUAUGAUGCACCCAAAUGAAUACCAGCCAGUAGUUACAGCCUUCGAGCUUAGCCCAGAAGAACUGGAUUUAAUUCCACAAAUGAAACAUUGUUUCAACAGUACUGUUUUCACCACCAAAUGGGACAGCACAGGCCAAAAGGUUGCACGACAACGCGAAGAGAUGUUGUCAAUUGCAGAGACGUUUGAACACGUUUGGCAGCCCUCCAUAGUUUGGUGGACCUCUGUCAAGACAAAGCUCAAAGAAGGAUCCAUGACAUUCCAGGAGUUUAGCAAGUUGUUUGGUAACAUGGACUCUCCAACACUAGAAAGGGAGUUCUCUUUGAUGGAUGAAAAUGGACCCUGGAUAAAGGAACGUACGGAUGAGAUCCAGCUGUACAGAAAUCUCGCGAAAUGUGUAGAAGGAGCCAAGAUCAUAUUGCAGGUGGUGGACAAGUAUGACCUGAAGGGAGACUUUACACCUAUCAAGCUGAUCACGUCUGUUAUGAGUGGAACAGACAUAGCCAUGAAUACCCUGGACCAAUCCCUGAAGCAGACCUGUGCUGUCCUCAGGGGUGUAGACGAACGCCAUAUUGAGUGUCUGAAAGAGUUCAUCAAAUGUGAUCCACUUAUACUCUGGUUGAAGGAGUCGAUGCCGUCUGGUUUGAAGGAACUGAAAGUGUUUGUGGAUUUGGCAAGUAUCUCUGCUGGAGAAGGAGAUAUAGAGAUUGACAAGGUGCGGUGUUUACACUCCGCCACCACGGGAUAUGCUCCACUCAUCUUCAACCUCACAGAUGACAUAGGCUAUAAAGAUUUCCUGAAGAAAUGUGAGAUGGUAUGGAAAGAACUGGACGCUGAUCCCAACCUCCCCAAGAAGUUGCGUGACACCAACAGACAAAUUGAGUGGCUCAAGACUGUGAAAAAAGCUCAUGGUUCUGUUGAAGUUACCUCCCUUGCACAAACCGCGGCAAUAAACUCUGUUGGGAUUUAUCAGGUUGGACGUUUACCAGAUCAGAAAUGGGAGCAGAAACCCGAGUUGAAGGAUGUGAUCAGCCUACACGUGUCAGAAGAUGAGAAUGGAGCGAGACAGAGAAAACUUUACCACUACGACCAGCUCCAUGACCUACAGAGUCGGCUCAUGUUGGUGGCUGGCAAGGCAGAGAUGGGUAAAGAAGACGUGGACCGUUUUACACUGAUUUUGGAUUCAGUUGUACGACUUGCCAACACCUAUAUCAAGCUUGUGUCAUCAGGAUGUGUGUUGUUCUCAGAAUGGAAAGUGAAAUUCUUGUGUGACAGAACUCGAAAGGCAUGCUCUUUCAUAACUUUUGGGAUGGGAGAUCAGCUUAAUACCUUAAAAGGACGCAAAGCCAACGAGGAUGAUGAUGUCAGCUCAAUCGUUCCGCGAAUUGCUAAAUUCAUGGAGAAAUGCUAUGAGGAAUGGCUGAAGUACAUUGCAGACAAGAGAGAUAAAUACUAUGAACUGAACUAUCUGACCAUCGACCAGAUGGUCAUCCUCCAGAGAGAGCUUGUGAAGGUUGGGACGGACGAGGAACCGUCCAAGUUGAUCUUCCCCCUGCUGUCGGGGAUAAAGAAGGACUGUAGUAUGUCCGAUCUUAUUUCUGCCAUGAAGGCUGCCCAGAGAGAGGUGGAAAGUAUGGAUGAACUUCGGGUUGAAGAAAAGUCUGAAACAUCUUCUGAGGCAGAGAUUGAAGAGGGUGAGGAGGAAGCAGUAUUUAUCAGAGAAGUGAUGAAAACAGGCUACAGUGAGGAGCUAGCCAAGAAGGCUUUACACCAUUUCAAAGCAGAUGAAAUAGAUGAUGCUGUUGUGUGGUGUAUGGACCAUGAGGAAGACGAUGAUACAGAUGAAGCCAUGGAUAUCUUGGAGGAUAUGGAUGAGGGAGGGAAAGAACCCCCGACUGAGGAAUACAAGGGCUGGACAGACACUCACAUGUCAAUCUCAACAGUCACUUCAGAACUUUUAGCCACUCUCGAGCACAUUAAUGAAUUGGUACGAGUAGAUCCACUAAUCAAGGACCUUGAGAAACUGUGGGAGAGAUUUCUGACCUCAAUUUCCUCCAGUGUGUCUGACUACCUCAGUGUCGAGCACCUCGGGCUGGUCCUCAGAUACCUUGCUGGCAAAGAAUCAUUCGGCGUGAAAAGGUUCCUUAUCCAGAGUUUCAAGGAGGGUGUACCAAAUUUAAUUAUUUGUCCACAAAAUGAUAUUCUCAACACUGUAUUGACCAUCUACAUGAAUGACGGACAACAACCAUUACCACAACCUGAUGAAGUCCUCAUCUGCUCCAGUCAUACAACACUAGACCAGUUGGACAUAUUCUGGAGACGUGCUGUUUUCAACCAAAGUGGUAAAAUCUAUUGCCUGGCCAACUCUGACCUUCUAGACUACGAGGUCAGUGACAAGGGGGAACAAUGUCUGGAGAGACACAUGCAAACAGCAAAGGAAAAGG